AUUAGAUACCAUAAAUCCGAUUUUCAGUCUGACUCAAUUGGGAAUUCUAUAUUACUGUCAAGUAAACCUUCUGUCUCCCAGUAUCAGUCUUUCCAAUGUACUGGGACUGCUUUAACAAAUUUGGAAGGGUGAUAUCCAAUAAAAUGAUACGUGUAUUUACAUUAUUUCCAUGCUGCCCCAGAUACAGACUCUGAGUGACUCACUAUAAAAAUAGAGAAACACAUAAAGCAGCAUUUCAGCAUAAAAUCCAAUAAAGUUAAAAUUACAACAACUGCAUAAAUAUAUUGUAGAUGUUGAGAAAUGCCCAAGCAGGAAGGACUUACGCUGGGGGUUAGCCUUGAAUUGUUGCAGAGCCACAAAAGAACCAGAACUGACACCACUACCCUCCUCCCAGGCUCCGUAGAACUUUAUCUAUCAGUUCCCAAGAGAAGGCAAGCAAUCUGGGAAGAUUCCUGUAUAAUAGGCAGAAUGUAAUAAAGUAGUUAGCUUGAACUCUACAUGUGUGGACCUAGCUGCUUGUGCCUGACAGACAUUGUGUCUUAACAACCUACACUUUGUAAAUCUGGCAGAGAAGGAUCCCAUUCCUCAAAAAAUGGUUCAAUUAUGCUUCACCCCAAGCCAAUAGAUGACCUUUCAUAGUUGUUUCCUAUAAUGUUAACUGGAAAAGAGACAAACCCUGCGGUAUCUUAGACGGGUGGUCAGGUACUUAACCUCUCGUUCCUCCAGCAUUCCUGAUAAGGCCCCAUUUUGUUAGGAAGAAAUAGCACCAUUUUGUUUUAAAAGCAAAUAUAUAUAUAUCAGGGGUGUCAAACUGGUGGCCUGCAGGCUGGAUGUGUCAUGCGCAGGCCACGCUCACCCCGGCUCCGCAAAGGUAAAAAAACGUAUUUCAUGAUACGUCACGUGACGCAAUCAAGUUUUACACCCGUGAUAUAUAUUAUUAAACAUUGUCCAACACUGCUAGUUCAACUGAUGAUUUCAGGAAGAAGUGCAUCACAACUUCCUUACAGGUUGUUGGUAUGACUCCCCUUUUUCUAAGCAUUUACUACUCCUAAAAUGCAGUUGCCUGUUCUUUUCUCUGGUAUCUUCAAUAAACUCCCAAGGAGGCUGAGCUAACACAAUGUAAAGCUGUCCAUUUCCUUGGCUUCAACAGGUUCAAAAGAGUGCCAGGUGACUUCACAAGAGAUUGCCUCAGUCACUUCAUUGUUUUCUGCCCGUGAUGUAUCCAAUUUACAUGAGCAAUUUUAUCCAGAAAAUGCCUAGCAAACAAGUCACAGUGGCUUGUAGAUCUGCUGGUAGAUUCAAAGAUACUGUAAGAAUAUUACUUUGUUUCAUUCUAAUCCCUUCCACUCCAAGUGUCAAUGUUUUUUAUUUCUGCUUAGUUCCCUUUUCAUUUUUUCCUUUACGCUUCCAUGUUUCAUAUAUUCCUAUGUUCAUUUCUGCACAUUCUGUUCCCCCAAGAAAACAGAAAUAGCAAUGAAGUAUCCAUAAAUUAUCUAGCUUCUCACAGCCUCUUGCAUUCUGAAAAUAAUGUUCUUUGGGCUCACAUUUUCAGAAAAAGCUGAUUGCAGUUCAGCCAUUGGAAUAAAUGCUGUCUUAAGGAAAUGGCAUACUUUUUUUUUCUUUCACAUUAUAGAGUAAGAUACACCAUGCUAGGAUGGGGUUUUAGGAUGACUGUCAAGUCACUGGCAGGUGACUUGACACAGAGAACAGCGGAAAUACUUAGCUAGAAUAAUGAAAAUUGACAAGCAGCAGUUCUUCAGCUGUUCCUCUUUCUUCCCCCAAUCCUUGGUUGCCAAGAAACAGCCUGCUUUCUUCUCUCUCUCUCUCAAACCGUUCUUGAUUUAUCUCUGUCAUGGUCUCCCAAAAGUAGUUUCUUAGCUAAAAAAUCUCCCAGUGGUUGCAACUUCCCUUGUAAGGUAGAUAGAACAAUCUCCUGGUUGUUUUGACUGUUCCUUUUUGCAUUUUUAUCAGUCAUAUAGCAUUCCUUUUUAAAAAAAAUCCAGUUGUCAAAACUGAAACAAAAUACUGUACGUAAAAGGCUUGUUUCUAGCUCUAUCUAGUGGUCAUCCCACUAGAAAUAAUUCUAGUGAAUAAUGUUUUUUCUGUUAAUUGAUUGAGGAAAAGCUUUUUCGUUUUCAAGCUCUGAAAGUUCAGCUCCAACUUCCUUCAUUUUGCGUUUGCCACUGUACAACAACUCGUUGAAGAAAGGCUCCAUUUGCCCUCUCUGAUGUAUUUAUAUAAAGGCAGCGUAGAGGGAAGGAGAUUGGUUGCUCAGGCUUGCUUUCUGACCUUGGGGGUUACCAAGUCUGACAUUCCUGUGAGAUCACAUGACAAGGAUUGGCGGGCACAGCUGUCCCCAAUGGAAGGGAGGGGCUCGGGAGGGGCCAUUCCGAUUGAAUUUCACUCCAGCCACUUAGGCUCUUUCCUUCUUUCCUGGCUGUGCUUUUCUUGUCUUCCACUUUCUUUGUGACUUGGGUUGUAGAAAAGCUCUGAUAGGAUAGCAGCACCGAGGAUGCUAUUCUAGACGAUCAGGGUGGUUGCUUCAACAUUUGGGUGGGCCUUUCUUCCCAUCUCCGAUGGACAUUCCUCCAGGCUGAGCCAUCUGAGAUCCUGGUGGGCCCCCUGCUUUGGCACCAAGCAGUCCAUCCUCUUGUUUGAGCACCAACUUCACUGUCACCGUUUCUUUUAGCCCAUCUAUACAGCCACUCUGACAGGUCUGCUGCUCUUCCGACAAGUUGGUAUAUGCAGCUCCAGAGCACGAAGGCAAUGGGACAGGACCAGACAAAGCAGCAGAUAGAAAAAGGACUCCAGCUGUAUCAGUCCAGUCAGACAGAAAAGGCCCUUCAAGUCUGGCUGCGGGUUUUGGAAAAGAGCACAGAUCCAGCUGGCAGGUUUCGAGUCCUCGGUUGCCUCAUCACUGCUCACUCGGAGAUGGGCAGGUACAAAGAUAUGUUAAAGUUUGCAGUCAUGCAGAUUGACACUGCCCGAGAACUGGAGGAUCCUGACUACCUUACUGAGAGCUACCUGAAUUUGGCACGGAGCAACGAGAAGCUCUGUGAAUUCCCCAAAACUAUCUCCUAUUGUAAGACUUGCCUGAACAUGCGAGGUACAACACUGGGCCUGCAACUGAAUGGCCAAGUCAACCUCAGCAUGGGCAAUGCCUACUUUGGCCUCAGUGUCUUCCAAAAAGCUCUGGAGUGUUUUGAGAAAGCUCUACGGUACGCACACAACAAUGAUGACAAGAUGCUGGAGUGUCGCGUCUGUUGCAGUCUAGGAAAUUUCUACACACACCUCAAAGACCAUGAAAAAGCUCUGUUUUUCCCAUGCAAGGCAGCAGAGCUGGUGAAUGAUUAUGGAAAAGGCUGGAGUUUGAAGUACCGAGCCAUGAGCCAGUUCUACAUGGCUGUAGCCUAUCGGAAGCUGGGGCGCUUGCCAGAUGCUAUGGAAUGCUGUGAGGAGUCAAUGAAGAUUGCCCUUCAGCAUGGAGAUCGUCCUUUGCAAGCACAGUGCCUGCUUUGCUUUGCUGAUAUCCAUCGCAGCCGUGAAGAUGUACAGGCAGCUUUUCCCCGCUAUGAUUCCUCCAUGAGCAUCAUGACUGAGAUUGGAAACCGUCUGGGACAAGUUCAGGUGCUGCUUGGUGUAGCCAAGUGCUGGCUGAUUCAAAAGGACCUCGACAAGGCAUUAGAAAAUAUCGAGAGGGCUCAUGAGCUGGCAGAGGGACUAGGAAACAAACUCUGCCUGCUGAAAGUUCAUUGCCUGUGUGAAGGGAUCUAUCGCACAAAGGGUCAGCAGAGGGAACUUCGUAAUCAUGUGGUGAAGUUCCAUGAAUGUGUUGAAGAAAUGGAACUCUACUGUGGCAUGUGUGGUGAAUCCAUUGGUGACAGAAACCACCAGCUCCAGGCAUUGCCCUGCUCCCAUGUCUUCCAUUUAAAGUAAGGGGCAAAAGGGAUGAACGCAAACCAUGGUGGAAUAAGAAAAAACAAAAUCCUAAAGACAAAAAAGGGGAGGUAAUUCCUCCAGAAUGAAUGAAACAAGGACAUUCUAUAUUGGCAUUCAUGAUUUUUAAAAUGCUUUCUACCACUCCAUUGAAACAACUCCUUAUCUCUAAAGUUUUUAUCCUUGAGGCUGGGAUACUUUUCUCAAAAUUGAUUUUUAAUCUGCUACUUAGAUUUCCUUCUCAAGAAUACAUUAUUUUAUCAACAUCUUAGCUGGUUUCUUAUAUCCUUACAAUCCAAUUUUAAUGAGUUCUGACUUAGGCAUAAUAUCUGUGUACUUAGAAGUAAAUUUUAGCGUGCUGAAUCAGGGGAACAAGCUUGAGAGUCACAAAACUCAUGACCCAUGGAGCCAAACACAGUUAUCAGCUGUGGCUUAACAACUUGCCAGCAGCCCUGUUUACACUGCCUAUCCUAAAAUAGAAAAACCAGGUAUAUAUUAAGCAUGCAGCAGAAUGUUCUAACUUGGUUAGAAGCUGAAUUUAAUUAGACAUCACGAGUUGUCCAGUCCUGUGCUACGCAAUGUGAUUGAAUGUGUAUUGCGAUUAUUCCCUUUUUUCCUGGUGCUUUCUCAUUCAGUCAUCUCUGCAUUAGAAAGCUGAGAGCUAGGGGGAAAAAAAACCAAGUUAGAAUUGCAAAGAUGUUAACAAAUGUGGUUUUCAUUUAAAAUAUGCAUUUGAUGUAAUAUUCAGUCAAAACUAAUACUAUUACAUAUACAAAACAUGUAUGUACCAUGCUAAAAUAUUUAUCAAAUUUAUAUAACUGCCUCACAAGAAGUGGCAUCCUACAAUAAA